CUCCGGGACUCGGGAUGGGUCAAGUUUGGGAAUCGUGCUGUUGAGUUGACUGGAUUGUGGAUUGGUGUGUGACUGUCGUUAUAUGUAGUGUUUUGUUUAUGAAUUAAAAUAUUGUUUAUUUUAUUUUUUUGGCGUUGAAACAAACGAAGUACAAGGUCAAUUACACAUCAACCUAGUCUGAUGAAAGAGGCUUCCAUUCCAUUGAUUUAAGGUCAAAAAAGUUCCUGUAACGCCGUCCAUUGCGGCUUUAAUUUAAACAAAUGAUCAAGAUGUGUUUAUGAGUGUGGUAGUGUUGGGGAGGCGAGAUGGGGCGGGCGCGGUACAUCGCGUGCGCUCUGCUCAUGCUAUGUCCGCUCGCGCUCACAAGGCACGAUGACGACUUCGCAUUCGACAACAGCGAAGAAUUUCUGGUUGAAUUAACAGCUAACCAUUCUGAAAUCGCAAAAAAUGGCCUAAGAAGGUUAUGGGGCGUGCCCGACACAUCGGCCUAUGUGGGACAUCUGUUCCGAAUGGAAAUCCCAAAGGAAGCUUUUUCGGGAAAAGUAGUAGCGUAUAAGGUACGAAGCGAAGAUGGUCGACGCAUGCCUAGUUGGCUGGCCGUGGACUCGAGGCACGGUCUGAUCAGCGGCGUGCCCCAAAAGCAGGACUUAGGCACGCACACGUUCACCGUCACCGCGCACGGAAACACGCGCGGACUCACUGCCACCGACUCUUUCACUAUCGAGGUGAAGAAAGCUCAAGACAGACCUCACUCGAAGUAUGGGUCGUGCGUGGGCGAGGAGAGCCGACUGGUGCUGGUCAUCAUGGUUGACGGCUCCUUCCACAAGGUGGCGCCACGCCAGAGGAUACGAGCGCUCAUGCAGCUCGCUAGCUUCAUGGCGCUUGAUGGGGAUGAGUUCUGGAUGGAGCCAUACAAGGCGGAAGCUCACGCUGACACCAUCAUGAGUGGCACUGGUUCCUCACAACGCCGGCUUGGAGACGCCACCACUGCCAUCUAUCUUAAUGUGGGUUGCGGCCAAAAGUUAUGGAAUCACCAUAAAGUGUUAGUAGCGGGCCUGCGGGAACAGGCUCGGGACGGCACUCUAGCGCAUGUCCUGAGACUGCCUGUCAUUGGUUGGAGGCUGCAGUCCAUUCAGCCCACGCCCAGAAUUAAGAGACAGCUGGACGGUUCAGGCGGCGGCAUCUACGACGCGGAAUACGACGGCGAGGACGACGACGCGGACGCCGACGCCGACUACAGCGGAUACGACGAUAACGAUGACGAGGACGGAUACGCCAACAACGAUGUCGGCAUCACGGACCUGACCGAGAGCGCCGCUCCGCUGCCGACCCCUGCCACACUGCCCCCUCUCUCCCCCUUACCGCCAUCACCAUCCCCGUCCCCCUCCCCACCCCCUACAACGAAUCCCCCCACACUUCCCCCAACGAGUGCCCUACCAAGUACCACAGAAGAAGCCCGCGAAGAAACCACUCCUGAGCCCACAACUAAUUCGUAUACCACAGAGCACAAUGAAGUGGGGAUCACCGCACUGUCGGCUUCACCAUCGGAAACAAGCAACGUUAACAUGUCGGUGGCACCAACACUACCUAUAAGCCCCCGACGAUUCGACACCUUAGCUCCAGUCGUCGUUCAAGAAACCACCACCCUAGAACCAGAAUUGCAAACGGUUAUAAUACGCGAGUCGAACGAACUACCACCGAUGUCGUCAUCAACGGAAAGGGAUAAUGUGACGUCAUCGUCACCGUCGCCGUCUCCAUUGCCGGAGUUACCGUCACCGACUACGCCGUACGUUGAACCGACUACUACGCCGAGGCCGACGACUACGCCUUCGACAACUCCGACUACACCGACUACUACAAGUCCAGCGCCUACGACUACUUCAUCAACGACGACGAUGGCACCACCACCUCCACCGCCUCCAACCACGACACAAGCGCCAGAGACGACUGUACAGGAGGUUACUAAACAGGAAACGAACCCAACAGAGGGUAGAAGUACAAUAAUCGGUCAGACAACAGAGACAGUGACAUGGGCCAUGCCUAUCAACCAGCCGCCUACGCUCAAACACCACAUGAAGAAACUCGCCAUCACCGCCGGCAAGGCUUUCAGGUACAUAAUCCCAGCGGAUCUGUUCACGGACCCUGAGGAGGGCAGCAACCUGACGUUCACGAUGUACGAGGCAGAGAACGUGCCGCUCAGCAACAACUCCUGGAUACAGUUCAUUCCCGCCGCCAGAGAAGUUUAUGGAUUACCGUUAGAAGCCCACGUAUCUCGCUGGAACUUCAUAGUAGAAGCUCAGGACAGCGAAGGACUGGUAGCUCGCGGGCCCCUCGACAUCACAGUACAACAACACAAGAGUGGCCGCACCAUUAACCACCAGUUCAUUCUAGAAUUUAAACUUCUCAAGGAAUAUAACAACGCCAUUGAUUGGCAAAUCAGAGCGCUAGAAGGCAUUGUUAAUCUGUUCAGGGAUACUGAUAUGGAUCACUUGACUGUACUUAACACUACGCAGAAUGGUGACCUGUGUGAAUUUGUAUGGACUAAUGACACGUUACCGAAGGAUCCUGCCUGCCCCAUGGAUGAUAUUAAUAGGUUGAUGAAGAUAAUGGAGUCGCCUACCGAAGCAGGUAAUCCUUCCGCCAGCCUGGCGCGUGCGAUGCAGCCCGAGCUGAAGGUGGGCGGCGUGCGGUGGCGCGGCGCGGGGCCGUGCGCGCGCGCCGCGCCCGCCACGCGCGCGCCCGACACCUACCCGCCCGUCACUCGCAACCAGGUCGACCAUCUCACCGCCACCGUCGGACAUCUGCUCGUAUAUAAAGUGCCCGAGGACACGUUCUUCGACCCCGAAGACGGUGACACUCGCAGCCUGUCUCUAUCCCUCCGGUACAGCGACCGCACCGAGCUGCCUGCAGGGCACUGGUUGCAGUUCGAUGCCAAGAACCAGGAGUUCUACGGAUUACCUGCACCUAGUGACGAGGGCAGUGUGUCUUACCAACUGAUAGCGGAAGACUCAAGCAAAAAGAGCGCUUACGACAGUUUAAUAGUAGAAGUAGCGAAGGCACCCACCAUUAGACCGACGGUGGAGUUCCAGAUGACCAUGGAGUAUCCAUUCCCCAUGCUGGCGUACGAUGCCAAUAACAAGCGCAAAGUGGUUGAGAAGCUGGCUGCACUGUUUGGACAGAAGGAGACCGAUAAUAUCAGGAUACAGAGCAUCACCAAUAAUCCUACUACUAUCAUUUGGUAUAACACAAGUCUACCAAUGGACCGAUGCCCUAAAAAGGAGAUCGAGGAACUACGCAAAAUGAUCAUAGUAGACGAGAGAGGCUCAAUGGGGGGUGCCCUCAAAGAAAACGUUGAUCAUGUGUUCGAUAAGGACUUUAAAGUCAUGUCUAUAAGGCUAAUACCUCUUGGAUUAUGCGCUGAACAGAAUACUAAGAUACUUAAGACUUCAAUUCAUGUGCCUGGGUUUGGAUCAUCCAACUCGCAGAACAAUAAGGCUAGCAACGCAGCUGAUCCAAAUUAUUUGGUGACUUUCAUCAUCCCGGCCAUUGUGAUAGUGUGUAUGAUCCUGUUGGCUGCGAUCAUCGCGUGUGUGCUGUAUCGGCGGCGGAGGACAGGUAAAAUGAGCGUGGGUGACGAAGAAGAGAGGCAGGCGUUCCGGUCGAAGGGGAUCCCGGUGAUAUUCCAGGACGAGCUGGAGGAGCGAGGCGAGGCCGAGGCGGCGCACAAGAGCCCCGUCAUCAUGCGCGAUGAGAAGCCCCCGCUGCUCCCCCCGGCCCCCGACUACCGCGCCUCGGACGACGCGCCCUACCGCCCGCCGCCCCCGUUCGCGGCGGCCCGUACACCCCAACCAGCGCGCCCUAAGGCCACCCCCACCUACAGAAAGCCACCCCCCUACGUACCCCCCUAAAUUCACCCACAACGCCCCCCUCUCAUGUCCGCCAUUUAACUUCGAUCUUAAAUAAUGAAAAGUUGAUGACAUAACUGGGGGCGUAUCAAUCCCGUCAAUAUAGUAAACUAAUUAUUUACGAAGUACUUUCGAUUUAUUAAAAUACUGCGAUAUCGUUUAACUAGUCGACGCGAGCACCGGCAGUUAUUUUCUACGAUCUAUUUAUUUCUAACUAGCGCGCUGUCAUAUAUUAAAUACUUAGACAGCAUGUACGCUCUUCUAAUGAGAUGCAUUUAUAAAUUAGUUAGCGGAGUAACCCGUUGUCGACGAAUUAAGGAAUUGUGCACAGUUUAAUGUGACUACGAAUUUCUUAUAAUGUAAGCACGUCACGACAUUGCUCGUUCCUACCGGUUUGGGUAACGUGACGUCAUUUUUCAAUUAUAUUAUAAAACUGGAGACUUCACAAUAAAAUAAAGUACCUAGCGUUAUUGUUGAAGUAGAUGAUGUUACAUUAGCUCUUAGAAUAAGGCCGAAGUUCAAUCGAAUGCGUGAAUGGUUUCGUAUUAAACUUUAAAUCGUUUACAAAUGGCAGUUGAGAGAGAUUUAUGUUAACUAAACUAUGUGAACUGAAUUAAUAUAAUAUUCGUGAAAAUAUCGAAGUUUCAAGUUGACAUAUUGUCAAUUACCUAAACUAAACUACACCUAAUUUAUUUGCUAAUGUACCAAAACAACAGUAAUUACAUUGUUUGGCUAAAAAUGUGCCAUUGUUUCACAGUUGUUAUUUAAUGUAAUUUAAAAUAAAACAUAUCGAAAGUGUAACAUUUUAGCCUUUAGCGUAGAUCUUCCAUACACGUUAUAUUUAUAGGUAGUGCGUGUGUGUGUGAAGUACAUAUGAGGUUACUGUUGAGUAAGGCGAUGACGUCACCGUCGGACCGCCAUUUUAACGAAUCGCUGUUUAUAUUGCAUGAAUCGAUCAUGAUUAGCUGGUGUGUUAACUAAGAAUUACAAUUAACAUAAUAUUGUAAUGAAUAUACAACUGACUCUAGUUAUAGGCUACGAAUAGAUAUUUUUAAGGAUGGAAUAUCAUUUUGUACUUGUCUAAUAUUACCAUAGUUGUAAGGUUAACAAAUUGUGUAAACUUAGGGACUUGAACGAAAUGAGCUAUAAUGAUAACUUUUCCUUUGGAUGUAUUUUUUUCUACUGUAUACUCAUUUAGAGUUUUGCAUUUAUAGAUCUUUUUAGUGUUAUUAAAUAUACAAUUUUAUAGGCCAGCCACAUUCAGGUUUCAUUUGUCUUUACUUUGUCUCAAGUUUUGUAAUAGGAGUACUUAAAUGUCCACGUAAGGCCGUACCAUUUCAUUGAUUCUUUCAAUUUAUCCAUGUCCGCUUACUCUUCAUUUUCUUUAAAUCAUUCUAAUUAUAAACGCACAUAAUUUAUGUAAUUAAUGAGCUUUUUAUUUUAAAUAAAUAAAAAUUGGUCUA